AUGGAAACGAACGCUGGCGCGAAGCGACGGAAGGCCCAACCAGCGCAGCGCAUCCUCCAGCUCAUGGAAAGCCUCCAGCGAGGGAACGGCGACCCUCAACAGCAGCAGCCCCCCCCGCCACCGUCCUCUACCGAGUCAAAAAGUAGUACCGUUGGCGGCAACAACGUUCCUGCUGCUGUGGCCAAGCGUUCUGUGGCGGUGGUAAAGUCGGUGGCGCUUGUGCCGGCGGCAGGUUCCCCGGCCACAGCAGGGAAAGAGAGCGGUAGGCAAAAGGCGAAGAAGCCGUGGCUUGGACGGGAGCACUUGUCCAGCGACGGGCUCCACCUGAUUGAGUCGUCGUCGGCAGAAGAGGAGGAGGAGGAGGAGGAGGAGGAGGAGGAGCUCGACGGUCCCCGACAAGAAGAUGCCAGCAGUUCAACCGUGAAUGUGACGGAAAUGCGGUACGAUGCGGGGCCACCCCACGGGUUCGGGGACUACUCCGGCAGCACCAAAGGGGGCAUUCCACAUGGCGAGGGCGAGAUGGUGUGGCACAUCGGGAAGAAGUAUCGGGGCGAGUGGAAGGAGGGCAAGAGAGAUGGCAAGGGGUGGCAGCGUUGGACGGAUGGAAGGACGUUCGACGGGGAGUGGAAGGACGGGAAGCCACACGGAAAGGGCUACUGGACAUCGCCAAGGGGCGAGGCCUAUGACGGCAAUCUCAUUCGAGGGAAGAAGAGCGGCGAGGGUACAUUCACAUACCCCGACGGUAAACCUUACACGGGGACCUGGUUGAACGGUCUCCGUCACGGCGAGGGCACGAGGUAUUACCCCGACGGCAGCGUGUACAAGGGCUCGUGGGCUUACGACAAGCGGCACGGCGUGGGAGAGUACACUUGGCGGGACGGGAGGGUGUGGGCGGGGCAUUGGAGAGACGGCAAUCCCGUCAAGAACUCGAAGCACAGCUCGAAGGAAGAACGCUCGGCGCAGCCACCCCCGCAGGAGGGCAGACGUCACGAGCGCAACAACUCGGCUGGCUCGGGACUCCUCGGCGACUGCUCCUUGCCGGACGGCAGCAGCGCCAAGAGCGAGAGCUGCCUCAGCAACAUGAGCGGCGGGGGGAGCAGGAGCGAGAGCUGGCGCAGCAGCCUGAGCAUCAACAUGAGCGGCGGCGGCGGCGGCGGCGGCGGGUCCAGGAGCGAGCUGAGCGUGGGCAAGAACAGCGGCCACGAAGUUGUUGCGGAAGAAGAGGAGGAGGAGGAGGAGGAGGAGGAGCAGGAGCAGGAGGAGGAGGAAGAGGAAGAGGAAGAGGAAGAGGAGGAGGAGGAGGAGGAGGAGGAGGAGGAAGAGGAAGACGCCGGACGCGAGGAAGAGGAGACUCGUUAUAGUGAUCAGCAGGGGCACGGCAGAGCGGGGUCGGGGCAUACCACCCCCGCCGAGGGACUGCCGCCCGCAGCGCCCGAACCGAGGAACAAGCACGUGCUGGCGGCCAUCAAGGAGAUGCGCGAGCUCAGGCAGCUCACGACGGCGGCCAUGGACCGAGCCUCCGGCGUGGACAGGCUCAAGAAGCCCAACGUCCUAGAAGGCGGCGGCGGCGGCGGUGGCGGUGGGUCGGACGUCCACGGGGGGGGGGACGAGGGCGGCGGCGGCGUCGAGCGGCAGGGGACGGGCAGCACGCUCGCGGGCACCGUGUCGGAGUGGGACGCAUCGCCCGACGCUCCGGCGGGCGGGGUGGGGGCACCCAAGCAGCAGCAGCCGCUGCCGCAGCAGCAGCCGCCGACAAGGUCGAGAGUACUGUCGCGCUUCCUGAGCUCCGUCGGCAGGCGAAGGAGCAGUGUCACGAACACCUCCUCCGAGGACAGGUUCGAGGACCGUUCUUCGGACAGAGGGACACCCGCGCCCAAGACGGGCAGUGACCUGCCACCGCCGCAGCAGCAGCAGCAUCAGAACGGCACCGGGGACACCUCCGGUCUGUCGAGGGCCGCAUCAGCAGCCUCCGGCGUUUCUCCAUCGCCGUCGGCUCUCUCAAUCGCCAGCGGGGAGCACCGUUCCGCGAGGCAACAGCAGGUGGGUCCUGGCGACCAGUACAACGUCGGGGGUUCUCCGUUCGAGUCCGGCAGCAGGUCCGGGGCGGGGAUUGACGGGAUACCCUCGUUCGUCCGGACCCGACGCGCGCACGUCAGCCAGGCGAGGCGCGGCCUGGUCGAGCAGGUGACUAUGUCGACGCGACAGCCCCCGGUUGAGCAGCAGCGUCGCCGCGGCAGCAGCAAGGGAAGGAUGGAGGAUGCGGCGGCGAGGGCGGCGGCGGGGUUGUCCAACGGCAGCGUCAGCCCGGCCCGCAGCGCUCGAAGCACCCACAGCAUGCGCAGCACGCGCAGCACGCACAGCUCGCAGAGUUUCCGGAGCACCCAGAGCGCUCGCAACGUCCGCAGCGGCAGCGGCCGCAGCGGCAGCAGCAGACGGCGAGUCCCGCACCCGGAGGGCAUACUGGAGGAGGAGCAGCCGGAGACGCGCGGCAGAUCACCAAAGACGGACAACAGCGGGCUCUACGGCUCUAGCAGGGGAAGGAGCGGCAAGUCUGUGUUGGCGGUGGCGGCAUCUCCCGCGCGUGCCGCGCUAUCCAAGAGCAGCCGCUCGGUUGCCGCGGGAGACAGCAGCAGCAGCAGCCGCGGACGCGGGCCGGAGGGCCACGGGAGGCGGGACAGCACCAGCAGCAGCGGCAGGCACGGCAGCGGCGAGCAGCGCGACCGCCACCGCUCUUCUUCGGUCGGGAGGCACGACCCGCGGCACCGCCGCCGGUCCGAGGACGGUGCCGAGGAAAGCGACAGCAGCCGCCGCAGCGAGCGGCCCUCUCGAGGAGCGGCAGGCCGAUCGCGAUCUUUCCGUCCCUCCGAGGGCGGCGACGGCGGCGACGGCGGCGACGAGGAAGAGGUCGAAGCCGGCGACCUGUCCUCGGACUUCAGCGAAUCGGGAAGGGAGGAAGAGGGUGAAGGCAAACGGCGACGCGCCCGGAAGUCGUCCUCGUCCUCCUCCUACUCCAAGGGCCAUUCCAAGGGAGACGCUGCCGCUUCCUCCUCCGCCCCGCGCAUCCCGUCCCAGCAGCGGCACCAGCGCCACCGGUCGGACGGCGCGGUCGUGUCCCACGAGGCGAGGCGGCGGGCGGAAGCGGGUUCGGCCGGUGUCGGAGACAACGACGACGACGACGACGCCGAACAAGCGGCGGCGGCGGCGGCCGCGGCCGGUGCUUACCCCGGCGACGGCGGCGGCGGCAGGGAAGCCAGGGACCGACGCGCCAAGGCCAAAGGCUGCGCCGCGCGGGGUCCCCAACCGUCGGUGGCCGCGUUCAAGUCCGUCAACGGCGGCGGCGGCAGCGGCGGCCAGGAGAUACGCGACCUGAUAGCGUCGACGCGGGCCCAGUCCAGCGCGGUCUUCAAGAAGGGCGGCGGUGGCAGCAGCGCCCGCCGCCCCGCCGCCGAGGAACCGAAGCUGCAGCAGCCCCGUAGCAGGCGCUCUUCGCGAGAACCCUCCCGGGAACGGCCGCGGGAGCAAUCGAGGGAGCGAGCCAGCCGUAGCGGACGCGGCGGGUCUCGGAGCAGGAGCAGGAGCAUCACGCCCCGCAGCCGCGCCAAGUUGGUGGGGGCCAACGGUAGCAGCGGCGGCGGUUUCUUCGCCACCGGAGGAGGCGGCGAGGAAGCAAGGCGACACCAGCGGCGAGCCUCCUCACGAGAGUCUUCCAGGGAGCGGCCUCGCAAGUCGUCGUCCCGGGAGCCACCGCGAGGUUCGUCGAGAGGGCGGGGUUCGUCGAGAGAGCGGGGUUCGUCGAGAGAGCGGGUCUACCGCAACGACGGCGAGCGCGGCCGGAGCGGCGGCCGGAGCGGCGGCGGCGGCGGGGGGGCGCGCGGCAGGAGCAGGAGCAAGGAAGCCAGGGGGUCUGGCAGGACGAGGGGUGCCGACGGCGACGGAGGGGCACCGCCUAACAACCCCAAGGUGAAACUUUCGUUCGAUGGUGGCGCUCCAUACGGAGUGGGCGACUACACUGGCGCCGUCAAGGACGGGGUGCCGGAUGGACAGGGCACGAUCGAGUGGCCCGACGGGAAGCGUUACAUCGGGGCCUGGAAGAAUGGGAAGCGGCACGGAUACGGAACUUUCAGUUGGGGAGGCGGAAAGGUCCACCAGGGCGAGUGGUCCAACAACAGGGCGCACGGGAAGGGUACAUUGUGGAAUGGAGAUGGUACAACCUAUACCGGCGAUUGGAUGGACGGCUGGAAGCACGGCCAGGGAGUUCGAACGUACGCGGGUGGCGUUACGUACGAAGGGGGUUGGGCCUACGGUCUGCGGGAAGGAAAGGCUGUGUGGUGCGGGCCAGAAGGCAUCUACGAGGGCGACUAUGGCAACGACAAGAAGAACGGAUUCGGCACGUACACGUGGGCGGAUGGGCGAAAGCAUGUCGGCAGCUGGCAAGACGGGAAGCAGCACGGAAAGGGCGUCUUGUACGCGAAGGAUGGGAGAAUCACCAUCCAAGGGAAGUGGAAGAAGGGGGAGAAGACGCUCUUCUUUUGA